AUGAGUAAUUCAUUACAUCAAUUUAUACCUGUACCAACAGAUGAAAAUUUUUUAUCUACAUCAUCAGUCAUAAAUCGACGACCAAGUCGAAUAUCUAUACAAACAAAUUAUGAUGAAGAAGCCGAAUUUGGUUCACCAUUAAAUCAUCAAACAUCAUUUAAACGUUUUAGUAAUCCAAUUCAAGCACGUAUUUAUAAUUUUCUUGAACGACCAUGUGGAAUAUCCUGUUUUUUAUAUCAUUUUACUGUAUUUGUUAUUGUUAUUGGAUGUCUUGUUUACAGUUCAAUAUUAACUGUUUAUAUUGAACAAUCCUAUUCAAUAUUAUUUUGGAUUGAAUCUAUACUUUUUGUUUUAUUUCUUAUUGAAUAUAUUGUUCGUGUAUGGUCGUCAGGUUGUCGAAGUAAAUAUCGUGGACGUCAUGGUCGAUUAUUAUUUAUGCGUAAAGCAAUGUGUCUUGUUGAUUUAUGUGUUAUUAUUGGUUAUGCUGUUUUAUUAUGUAUUGGGUUAACUCAUACACAAUUUAGUAUACAAUUAGUAAGAUAUGUUAGAAUUUUACAAAUACUUCGAUUUCUUCAUGUUGAUCGACGUCUUACAUCAUGGCGUUUACUUGGAUCUGUUGUAUAUGAUCAUCGUUAUGAAUUAAUUGCUACACUUUAUUUUUGUUUUAUUUUUUUAAUUGUUGUUGCUUAUUUAAUAUGGUUAGUUGAAAAAGAUGAUACUAAACCACCUGGUGAAGAUAUGUUUCAUAGUUUUGCUGAUACACUUUGGUGGGCUAUUGUAACAAUGGCAACAAUUGGAUAUGGUGAUAAAUGUCCAAAUACAUAUAUUGGUAAAAUGAUAACAUCAUGUUUAUGUAUUUGUGGUGUUGCCUUUUGGACAUUACCAUCUGGUAUAAUUGGUUCGGGUUUUGCUUUAAAAGUUGAACAAAAAAAACGUGAAAAACAAUUUAAUCGUUUAGUUCCUGCAGCUGCUAAUUUAAUUCAAAAUUGGUGGCGUUUAGUUGCAUGUCGUCGUUCAAAUUUACCAGCCACAUGGCGUAUUUAUCGUAUUGAAACAAAACGAUCGAAUAAAUUCGGUCGUCAUCUUAGUUCAACACUUGCUAUGAAUAGUAAUAAUAGUGCAAAUGGUACACCACGUAUGCGUAGUGGACAUAAUUUACUUAAUUUUUCAUCAAGUGGUAUACCAUUAGAUAAAAUAUCUUGGCGUAAAAUUGAUAAACCUGAAGAUCUUGAUACAAAUCAACGUAUUGCUAUACGAAUGUUACGUGUUAUUAAAUAUCAUGUAGCCAAAAGAAAAUUUCGUCAAGCACAUAAACCAUAUGAUUUUAAAGAUAUUAUGGAUGAGAAUGCUCAAGGAAAUCUUAAAGUUAUGUAUACACUUGCUGAUAUACAACGACGUUUAGAUCAAACCUUAGGUUUACCAAAAGCAUAUCCACUUGUUUUAUCUGAUAAAGAUCGUGAACAACUAACGUUAAAUGCAAAAGUACAACGAUUAGAAACAAAAUUAAUUGGACUUGAAAAACAAACAAAUCGAGUUAUUUUAUUACUUGAAGAAUUAUGUAAACGUUCAAAUAAUGAAGGAACAAAUACCACAAUCAAUGGAAUAUCAGCAAAUACUGAAGAAACAACAUCGGGAUUAUGA